AUGAGUACGAAUCCAGCCAACGUCGCAGCAUUCUACAUGGCGUGCAAUAAUCUGCCUACUAGCUUGGCCGCACCAGCAGCGGAGAAGCCCUCAAAAUCGGCCGAUCUAGUCUACCCAUCAGAUGCGCUAGAAGGAGUUGCAAACCGGUUAGUGAAUGACUUGGCCGCCCGAUUAGAAAAAAUUGUCAUUAGCAAGAGUGAAGGAAUCAGUGGAUAUGGCACCGGCGGCGGGGCGGCAGGCCGACCUUGCGGAGCCAGCAAAACGGAUCUAAUUGUACAAAAAGAAAAAUUGGUGCCAGUUUCGAGGCCGGAAACAGCUGAAGUGUUGACCACCAGGACAACGCCAGAGAAGAUAAGUAGCAAAUCGGUGCGAUUCGGGGAAGUGCGGAUGACAGUUUUUGAUCGAAGAAAGGCCGCCGUAGACUCGAAAGUCAGUGAACACGCCUAUCAGUGUGGUGAUGAAGAGGAACCGUGGGACAUAACGGACAAGCUAAUCGCCUCCUUCCAAGAGGAAGGGAGGUAUCGCAAGAAAAGAGGUGGCCAGUCUGCAAAAAUUUUGCGUCGCACGGCAAUCCCAGUAGAUUCACUGAAAUUCGUAGCAUGUAGAGUAGGCUCAAAACAAACGGGAACUGUGUUAGUGUGUCCGAUCCGUUGUUCCUUUCCUGGGAAGGAAUUUUGUGUGCCCUCUUGUCUAGUCAGCAUUAAGAAGGGCAUAGUAAGUGUGCUUGUCCUCAAUCUUAGUACGGAAACACUUCAUCUAAAAGCACGAGACUGGCUGACCGAGAUCGAGUGUGCUUAUGAUGCGCAGGUUCAACUAGUGGAAGACCAGGGUCCUUUGGAAAACGAAGAGAAGGAAAAAACAUCGUCGGGAGAGUCUCUAAUGUGUGCUGCUGUACACUGGAAGGAGCGGUGGGCCGCGAUAAAAGAAGGAAUUCAAUUAGGAAGCGGACUCAACUAA